AUGGGAUGUAAGCAGUCUGCGCCUGAAACCAAUACGAGGUCACUAACAGAGGCAGAGGAGGCCAUGGCGGAUAAGUUACCGGAGCCUGCUCCGCCAGCUCCCACGGAUCCACGAUUGCCACUGGACCCUAGACAAGUAUUCAAGCUUAAAAAGUCUUGGAAGGGCAUCAAACGGUGUAUGGAAUCGACGGGAGUGGAAAUGUUUAUAAGAAUGUUCCGGUCGAAUACUGACAUCAAAAGGCUCUUCGCGAAGUUCGGUCAUCUGAAGACAGAAGAAGAAAUGAGAAUGGACGAUAUUCUCGAGAAACAUGCAACUACUGUCAUGGCGACCGUGGACGAAGCAAUGAACAAUAUUGACAAUGUAGAUUUCGUAUUAACACUACUGAAACACCGUGGUAAUUACCACAAGAAAAUCCCGGGAUUUACGUCAGAAUUGUUCUGGGCGAUCGAGAUACCCUUCCUGGAGGCUGUAAAAAUAACUCUCGGAGACCGCUACAGUGAAAACAUGGACACUAUCUACAAAAUUACAAUCAAGUUUGUACUGCAAACGAUGGUAGAUGGAUACGAUACGUCCAACGCCGUGUCCUGAGGUCACGUGAUUAUGACCAUGUCGCUGUGGACGUACAAACGUGCCAACACGGUAAUAGACAAGCAUGAGAUAGUGGAUCUACCACGAUUUCUCCGGAAAUUUCCCGGAAAUUUGGCCUGCUGGCACGUGUAGCAUGUAGCUUUCAGGCUGGUGAUGGCUGUUGUAGAUCGGGAUAUACGACGCUUACCUAAGUGAUAUGGUUACAAGCAGUCGGCUAGGUUGUAGCACGAUUGUUCUGGGGCUGACAUAACCUUCUCGUAUUGUAUAGAUAAAGGGGUACGUGUCAGUUAUAAAAUGACCAUCUAGAGAAGAUCCCGCAAUGUGUUAUACAUUUGUACAGUCAUCCGCAGAACGGAAAACGUCCAUGGAUGAACGAGAACAUUGCGAAAAUGACUGCAUGAAUGAAUAUGUGAAAAGGUGUGGAUAUAAGCAGAUAUUGAAAGGAAUUUAAGGAGGCUUGAGUGCUCCAUGUUGUCGUAGCUAUAGACAUCUUCUGUACCGUAAUAUCAUGUUUUAAAUAAGUAUUAAGAGUUAUCUGACCUGGAUCUUAAAUACUUACAAAUGUACAUAACGGCUAUGAUCAGUUUGUGGGCAUAAUAUAAAAUGUAGCCCAUUUCCUCACACAUAAACACCAUAGAGAGAUAU